CGUACGACGACGCAGGCGCAGUGAGUAGGCGACGCUGGGACGGCCCUGGUUGUGUCGGGGGCGGAACUCUGCUGGCUUUGAGCGCCUUCAAACAAAUUCUUGAAGUCAUCCGCACUGUCUGCCUGAGGAAAGAUGGUCAACGUCUUGAAAGGAGUGCUUAUAGAAUGCGAUCCCGCCAUGAAGCAGUUCUUGCUGUACUUGGAUGAGUCCAAUGCCUUGGGGAAGAAGUUCAUCAUUCAAGACAUUGAUGACACACAUGUCUUUGUCAUUGCGGAACUGGUUAAUGUCCUCCAGGAGCGAGUAGGGGAACUGAUGGACCAAAAUGCCUUUUCUCUUACCCAGAAGUGAGAGCUCUAGUGUUAAGCACUUGGCAAUCCCAACCACAGACAGGAGAGAGGCCUGCUUAGCGUCUCCUGGGGUUUAGACUUGUUACGAGCAUUUGGUGGGAAAGGCUGCUGCAGGGUCAUUCACUCAGAUGUAAGCUCCCAACUGAUUUUGAUGGACCAUUAAAAAAAUCUUUGUAAAGAAGAAUUUUAACAACUGGCUGCAAUUUGGCUUUUACUGUUUGUUAUUAAAAUAUAAUCAUAGCUGUGCUGGUGGGAUGGCUCAGUUGGUAAAGGCCCUUGCCACUAAGCCAGACACCCUGACCACACUGCAAGGUGAGAACUCCGAAGGUUGUCCUCUGACCCUUGUGUGUGUAGCUCCCUCCUGCACAAAUAAGUAAAUGUAAUAAAAUGUAAUCAUAAAUGUUUUCCCUGCCUUUUUAAAACACCAAUUAAAUACACCAGAAAAAUA